UUACAAUUAACGCUGAGAAGACUCUCUCUCUAAAAAAUACACGCAGCGCCUCUUUGUCUCUCUACAUUUUUUUCUUCCCUUUCUUUUCUUUAUGACUUUUGAGCUUCUCUUCUUCUUGUCUGUGGGGAGCUGACAAUGCAGUUUUGAGUUAGACAUUCACUGCAAUCCUGUUCACAUUGCUCACUGAUCUUGUCAAGGCCGCUUUGUACUCAGGUUAAAAUCCCCAUAUAGAGUCAUGAGCAUUUGGGCCCUUUUUAUGGUGAUUUCAUGGACAAAGCUAUCAUGGCUAAUUUCAGUUGCAUAUAGAGUAUAAUUGAUCCUUUCAAGUAGGUGAAUACAUUUUAAGUUAGAAUUUGUGGUCAUUAUUUGGUUACUUAAAUAUGCGCUCGUGGUGGGGAAAGACUUCAUCUAAAGAAGACAACAAGAAAACAAAGAAAAGUAUCAUUGAUGCAAUACAUCGAAAAUUGAAGAUUUCUUCAGAGGAGAAACUUAACAGUAGAUCAGGAGGAUCUAGAUCACGAGUGCCAUCAAGAUCACCAUCACCUUCUGCACAAGUAGCACGCAGCCAAAGUUUUGCUGAAAGGUCUCAUGCUCAACCGCUUCCACUUCCUGCAGUGCGCUAUACAGGCAUUGGGCGUAGUAAUUCCGGACUUGGUGCUUCAAUAAGACCAGGAUUGGACAGAGGCUCCAAGCCUUUGGAUUUACCACUUCCAAGACCUGGAUGUGUCUCUAAUAGAUUAGACCAUGCUUACACUGAGGGAGAUUUUGCUACUGCUUCUGUUUCUAGUGUGAGCUCCACUGAUAGUGACUACCCAUUUGAUUCACGUGUCCUGAGCCCCCUCACAUCUGACUAUGAAUAUGGAAACAGAACUGCUACAAACAGCCCAUCCAGCAUAAAGCAGAAGGAUCAAUCUCCCAUUGUCAGUAAAAAAAACUCCAAAGAGGCAUUAAACUCAGUUGAUUUUUCACUCAGUAAUCAUAUUCCUCCUACAUCUCCUAGACGGGCUCCUUCAAGAACUCACGUGCAGAAUUUACAGAUUCCUAAUCGAGGUGCAUUCUGCAGUGCUCCAGACAGCUCCAUGUCCAGUCCUUCUAGAAGCCCGAUCAGUGCAUUUGGUCCUGAGCAAGUUAUUAAUUGUGGUUUAUGGGCAGGACUAGGCUCUGGGCAUUGCUCAAGUCCAGGUUCUGGUCAUAAUUCCGGGCAUAACUCAAUAGGUGGUGAUAUGUUGGGACAGUUAUUUUGGCAAACCAAUAGAUGUAGCCCUGAGUGUUCUCCUAUACCUAGCCCCAGAAUGACAAGUCCUGGCCCCAGCUCCAGAAUACACAGUGGUGCUGUCACCCCUUUGCAUCCAAGAGCUGCAGGCACUAGUGUAGAGUCACCUACGGGCCGGCCUGAUGAUGGAAGGCAAAAAAGCCACCGGCUGCCCUUGCCGCCAAUAACGAUAUCUAAUACCUGUCCCUUUUCACCUUCAUAUUCAACUGCAACAUCUCCUUCACUACCCCGAAGUCCUAAUAGGGCAGAAAAUCCAACAAGUCCUGGUUCACGUUGGAAGAAGGGACGCCUGCUAGGAAGAGGCACUUUUGGACAUGUGUAUCUAGGGUUUAACAGUGAAAGUGGUGAGAUGUGUGCAAUGAAGGAGGUGACUCUGUUUGCUGAUGAUCCAAGAUCAAAGGAAAGUGCACAACAGCUGGGACAAGAGAUUGCACUUCUAAGUCGCUUACGACAUCCUAAUAUAGUACAGUAUUAUGGAUCUGAAACGGUGGAUGAUAAAUUAUAUAUAUACUUGGAAUAUGUUUCGGGUGGUUCCAUCUAUAAACUUCUUCAGGAGUAUGGACAGUUUGGUGAAAUAGCCAUUCGUAAUUACACUCAACAAAUCUUGUCUGGGCUUGAUUAUUUGCAUGCUAAAAACACUGUCCACAGAGACAUAAAAGGAGCUAAUAUACUUGUAGACCCAAGUGGCCGUGUCAAACUGGCUGAUUUUGGGAUGGCAAAGCAUAUAACUGGGCAGUCUUGCCCCCUAUCAUUCAAGGGAAGCCCUUACUGGAUGGCACCUGAGGUGAUAAGGAAUUCAAAUGGUUGUAACCUUGCUGUUGAUAUAUGGAGCCUUGGGUGUACAGUGUUGGAGAUGGCAACAACCAAACCUCCAUGGAGCCAGUAUGAAGGGGUUGCUGCUAUGUUUAAGAUCGGAAACAGCAAGGAGCUUCCUGCAUUUCCCGAUAAUUUGUCCGAUGAUGGGAAGGACUUUGUGAGGCAAUGCUUGCAACGGAACCCUUCACAUCGCCCUACAGCUGCUCAACUUUUGGAGCACCCUUUUGUGAGAAAUGCUGCUGCAUUGGAGAAACCAAUUUUAACUGCUGAGCCCACCGAAGCAUUGCCUGCAGUUAUGAAUGCAGGAAGAUCAAUGGGUAUUGGGCAUGCAAGAAAUGUUGGAGGCUUUGAACCUGAAGGGGUUGCUAUCCAUCAAUCUAGAGGCUCAAAAACUGGUGCAGGAUUGAGUGAAGUCCAUGCACCGAAGAACUCAUCAUGUCCAGUUUCACCUACUGAGAGCCCUCUUCUGAAUUCAAGGUCGCUGCAACACAUGAGUGGAAGGCUGUCUCCAUCUCCUAUAUCUAGCCCUCGUACUGUAUCUGGUUCAUCUACACCUCUUACUGGCGGUAGUGGUGCAAUUCCAUUUCAUCUCUCAAUGCAGCCAGCAGCUUACUUGCAAGAAAGCAUGGGAAUGAUUUCAAGGACCCAAAAUAUCUUGUAUACCAAUGGCAAUAAUCCAUAUCAGGAGCCCACACCUGAUCUAUUUCGUGGGAUUUCACAAGCUUCUCAGGUUUUUCGAGAGCUGGUUUCAUCUGAUAAUGGUGCUCCUGAAAACCAGUUUGGACGAGCUGGCCAUGAGGACCCCAGGGAACUUUAUAAUCCACAGCCUGUACUAGUUGAUCAUGUGUCUCAGCAGCUCCUAAGGGAUCAUGUGAAGUUGAAGCCAUCAUUUGACCUGCUUGGUCGCACCAAUGGAAUCUAGGAUGCACCAGAAGCCUUGGUCUGAGACAGUCUCCAGGCGUUGUAUAUGCCCUACAUUGCUUCACUCAUAUUUUUAUUCUAACCAUCAGCCAAAAUAUUUGCAAUAUGUGCCUUAAAAGUAAAGGUCAGCUAGUGAAUAAAAUGAAUCCUCUUGAAGCUUGAAUGCAGAAGAGAUUUCUGGAAGUGGAAUCCGAAAGCUGUGUUGCAAAGUUCAUAGGGUGAGCAGCUUAUGUGACCUGUAAGGAAAGGAACUCGGCAGCACUCAAAUUAAAUCCUUUUCUUGCAUUUAUUGAAGCUUUUUACCUGACAACAUACUAUUUCACCUCAAGUCAUUAAUUCAGCAUCCUUUCCUGUCAGCUGUAAUGAUUCUGGUCGACGCACAAGCUCAUUUGGGAAUGAAGCCUGUUUAAACAGGUGAUAGCCGCACUGCAAUUGAGAAGUGUAAAGAAACUGUAUAUCUUAUUACAUUUCAAGUGCUAUUGCCAUUUUCUGGAUUCUGUUGCCUUCUGUCAUUUCCUUCCGCUGUUUUUUGGGUGGAUGGAUGGUGGUGGGAGAUAAAACCAUGUACAGAAAUUUGGGAACUAGGUAGGAAUCCAGGUUUUUUUUUUCCAAAGAAAACUGUUGAGAAUGCGACGUCUGGUUUAUUUCCAUCCCCCGACCCCCUCCUUUUUCUGUAUAUCACUUUAUGGCAGCUCAAAAACAAAACAAACUGUUCUUUUUCCUGCUGAUAUUGUUUUACCUACUUCAUAUGUGCAUGAAAUUGAAGAAAGCUAAUUUAACAUUUUGA